AUGCCCGGCACGGGACUUGAGGUCGUAAGUAAUGCCCUUGAUCACUCUGGUGGCUUACACAUCGUGCAUCUGCGCGAAGUUGAUGAUGAUGACGAAUCAAUGCGUGGCUCAAUAUCGUCGCUCACGUUAAAUGAGACAACCAGUUCCGGUUUAUCAUCGAUAGUAGUGAAGAAGAAAGUGAUCUUAGCUGAUAGUGGUAGCUACGACGGUGAUACUAUCACGGAUGUGCCAAACGGCAGAGGUGUAUGUGUAUGGACGAGCGGUACGCAUUAUACUGGGGAAUGGCAAGAUGGCAAAAAGCGCGGUCGAGGAGUUUACACAUACGCGAAUGGGGACAGGUAUGACGGCGAAUGGCAAGAUGGCAAAAUGCACGGUCGAGGGGUUUACACGUACGCGGAUGGGGACAGGUAUGACGGCGAAUGGCAAGAUGGCAAAAUGCACGGUCGAGGGGUUUUCGCAUACGCGAAUGGUAACAGGUAUGAUGUAACGUACAAGAAUGGCGAACGAAGUUCGAACAUGAACAAUACAAAUUCUGGCGAUUUUAGUUUUGCUUGA